AUGCGCCCCGCCCGCCUCAGCAGCAACCACUUCGACGUGCCCGCGCACCGCCCGCAGAGCCCGCGAAUAGGCUCGUUCUUUUGCUCGCCGGACCUCAGCAGCUCUCGCUGGCAGUCGUUGCGAUCUCAAGUACGCGACCGUGCACCUGCUUUUGGCAGCGCGCUGCACGACGACGGUCCCACCUCGGUCGUUUUCCAGCCCUUGGAUGCGCUGCCCUCGUCGUCAGACAAGCCGUAUGGCUCGCCGCGACACCGUCCGGGCUUCUCGCAUAGUACAUCCCUGGGCAGCUCUAUCCCACCAUCACCCAUCCUUACAGACGUUGGCUCGGCGCCCGCCCUGCCCGUCCUCUCGCCGUACGCUACCGAGAGCUCGAAACGGCUCACCCUCCGACGCACGAAACGCAGCCGAUUCUUCACCCUACCGCAGUUCGUGGAGACUCAGGCGUUCUGGCUCGUCCUGUACUUCACGUUCAAUCUCGGGCUGACGCUCUACAACAAGCUGGUUCUUGUCCACUUCCCCUUCCCGUACACGCUAACUGCGCUUCACGCACUCUGUGGGACGCUCGGAGGCUUGACCUUACGGAGACGGGGUACCUACGUGCCUGCGAAACUCAGCGCGAAGUCAUCGGCUGCACUGGCGGCGUUCGGUGUGUUGUACGCGGUUAACAUCGCGGUAAGCAAUGUGUCGUUGCAGAUGGUGACCAUUCCGUUCCACCAAGUCGUCCGCGCCGCAACGCCCAUCUUCACUACCGCCCUCUCCAUGCUUCUCUUCGGCACACAGUUCACUCGCCUGAAGAUACUCUCCCUCAUCCCCGUCAUGGCUGGCGUAGCCCUCGCCACCUAUGGCGAUUACUACUUCACCUUCCUUGGCCUCCUUCUCACCCUCCUCGGCACCUUCCUCGCCGCGCUCAAGACUAUCUACACCAACGUCCUCCAGUCCUCGCCUAGCAGCUCCCGCCCACACUCGGCGCGUCUCCCUGUCCCCCCGCGCCUUGCCCUUCACCCACUUGACCUCCUCACGCGCACGUCACCCCUCGCCUGCGCGCUCUGUCUCUUCUACGCGUGCGUAUCCGGCGAGCUCGGGCAGGCGCGUACGUCGUUGGUGCCGCACACGAUGGCGGGCUGUGGGCGCGUACUCGUUAUACUGGGGAACGGCGUGAUCGCGUUCGGGCUGAACGUGGUCAGUCUGAGCGCGAACAAGAAGGUCGGGGCGCUGAACAUGACGGUGGCUGCGAACGUGAAGCAGGCGCUGACGAUCCUCUGUGCGGUGGGCAUCUUCCACCUGACAAUCACCCCUGCGAAUGCGCUUGGGAUAUGCGUCACCCUUGCAGGCGGCGCGUGGUAUGCGUGGGUUGAGUACUCCGUGAAACACCGCAGCUCAGCGUAG